AGAAGAAACACACGCGCAUGAAGAUGUCGUGCGUUCAGUUUCACACUAUUGGGCAAAAGCGUGUCCAGUGUUGUAGCUCUAGCUUGUAGUUAGCGAUUUCUCUAUCGGGAAUUCACAACAUAGUUGUGUGACAAUGUGGACGUGUAAAGCCAUGUGGAAGAAGCUAGCCCCACUCGCCAGAGCCUCUUCAACUGUGUACCGGCAAAAUGCAAGGAGAGCAGUGUUGAACAAUGAAAGAGGACUGCCACUGGUUCCACAGGCCCACAUGUCCUCAGGAACUCCAGGGAGUGGAGGGGACAACAACUUAUACUACCUCCUGGUGGGAGCAACCUGUGUAGGGGGAGGAUUUUAUGCUUACCGUACCAUCAAAGGAGACAAAGAUCGAUAUCAGGAACGAAUUGAUGAAAUUGCUUCCAGACCAAAUAAGGUAGUCCCAGAACAACCAAUGACAUACCUGACCUCAGAGGCCCCAGGCGAACAAGCUGCUGAAACUCCACAAGAGACCUUUGAGGAGGUUUUUGAGCAGGGUUCUGGCUCUGAGCCUAUAGCAGCUGAGAGUGAAGCCCCGCUUUCAGCUGUGGAGGAGAGCUCCCCACCCCCAGAGGAACCUACCCCCUGUGAAACAACGGAACUAUCUCCAGAAACGUCCCCUGAAGUUGCUGCAGUGGAACCAGAGGAGCCUCCUGCCACGCCAGAGGCUGAGAUUGCACCUGAACCGGUGGUAGAACCAGCCCCUGAAGAAUCAGUAGGGACGCCUGCUGCUGAACCAGUAGUUGAAAGUGAAGCAGCACCUUUAGCUGAAUCCGUCCCAGAAGAAGCAGUGGAGCGGCCAAGUGCUCCAGCUCUGAGUGAACCUUCAGUGGAACCGUCCCCCAUAGAGGUUACAGAAGAGCCUCUUGCUCCCAUUGUGGAGAGUGAACCAGCACCAGUAGCAGAAAGCCCUCCUGCAGAAACAGCAGAGCCGCAAACUACGACUGAGACAGAGAGUGCUCCAGCUGCGGAACCUGCAACCAUUGCAGCCGCCGAGGUCCCUGCACCCACCCCUGUAGGGUUUCCCUCACAUGCCCCCUACCUCUUGAUUGGCGGAGGCACGGCCUCCUUCGCUGCAGCACGCUCCAUCAGGGCCAGGGACCCAGGAGCCAGGGUAUUGAUUAUCACUGAUGAACCAGACCUUCCAUACAUGAGGCCUCCUCUCUCCAAGGAGCUGUGGUUCUCUGAUGAUUCCAGUGUGGUUGACACCCUGCGCUUCAAACAGUGGAACGGCAAGGAGAGGAGCAUCUACUUCCAGCCUCCCUCAUUCUACAUCAGUCCUCAGGAUUUGGAGAAAGUGGAGAAUGGAGGAGUGGCUGUGCUCACUGGGAAAAAGGUGGUGCACAUGGACGUGAGGGGAAACAAAGUGACACUGAGUGACAACACUGAGAUCUCCUAUGAUAAGUGCCUGAUUGCCACAGGUGGAGUCCCAAGGAAUCUGCAAGUGAUUGAGAGAGCCGGAGAAGAGGUGACAAAGAGGACUACACUGUUUAGAAAGGUUGAAGAUUUCAAAGCGUUGGAUAAGGUCUCCAGGUACACCAAAUCCAUCACCAUCAUUGGAGGAGGGUUCUUGGGGAGUGAGCUGGCCUGUGCCCUUGGCAGGAGAUCUGCUGAUUCUGAUCUGGAGGUAAUCCAGAUGUUCCCUGAGAAGGGCAACAUGGGGAAGGUGCUGCCUGAGUAUCUGAGUAACUGGACAACAGCCAAAGUCAAGAGUGAGGGAGUGAAGGUCAUCACAGAAGCGUUGGUAAAAGAUGUAAGCUACAAAGAUGGCAAAGUGGAGAUCAAACUGAAGGAUGGUCGUGUGGUGAAGACGGACCAUAUUGUUGCAGCUGUUGGGCUGGAUCCCAGUGUAGAGCUGGCCAAGUCAGCAGGUCUGGAGGUAGACUCUGACUUUGGGGGCUAUCGGGUCAACGCAGAACUGCAGGCUAGGUCCAAUAUAUGGGUGGCAGGUGAUGCAGCGUGCUUCUAUGACAUCAGACUGGGCCGCAGGCGAGUGGAGCACCAUGACCAUGCAGUUGUGAGCGGCAGGCUAGCCGGAGAGAACAUGACGGGAGCCAACAAGCCCUACUGGCAUCAGUCCAUGUUCUGGAGUGACCUGGGGCCUGAUGUAGGCUAUGAGGCCAUUGGGAUAGUAGACAGUAGCCUUCCAACUGUUGGAGUGUUUGCCAAAGCCACUGCUAAGGACACCCCCAAAGCUGCCACAGAGAAGUCCGGAACUGGAAUCCGUUCGGAGAGUGAGACUGAGGGGACGGCCAGUAGCCCUGUAGCCUCCUCUUCCCCUGCACCCCCUCCAGUACUCCAGCAGAAGGACGACUAUGGGAAAGGAGUGAUCUUCUAUCUGCGAGACAAAGUGGUGGUGGGCAUUAUCCUGUGGAACGUGUUCAACAGAAUGCCCGUCGCAAGGAAGAUCAUCAAAGAUGGAGAGGAACACGCAGAUCUGAAUGAAGUGGCUAAGCUCUUCAACAUUCACGAGGACUGAGUCUUCUCUACUCUGAGGAGGCUGAGCCUAUGCUGGGAGACGUAUGCUGUCACUACUCAUAAAGGGUUUGAACUUUCACAGUCAUUGCCAGGCUUUGGCAGACCCUAAUAUGAUGAUGCACUUGAAAAGAAAAGGGAGACUCUGGACACAUCUACUCUGUACAUGUACGUUUCAUGUCGCUGGAAUAUUUUCAUACAUUGGUAAUUUAUACCACAUGCAUCUGUUUUUUUCUUUACUAUUGAAGAUGGUGAAUAUAAAUAUUCACCCUGUCUAUCUGUCUAAUCAUUCUAUGGUAUGAAUGUUGCAUUUUGUGAUCAAGGUGAAAUUGUCCAUCCCGGGAAUACAGGUGACGGUGUACAAAGUACAAACAGCAUACUGUUACGUGGAGGUUGUUUUUCAGUGUGAUCAGAGCAGCUCAUUAUGUUAAAGGCUGCAAUAAAAAUAUUUUGAAAUUA